AUGGCUCAACCCGACGAUGAUAGUGACGACGAGAAUCAGCCCCAGGAUGAUCGUCGCGAGACGUGGUUUGCUGGUGGAGAGCGAAGUGCAGAACCCGGAACGAUCAAGAGGAGGGGUACCUGGAGGCGAUCUUGUGAGGAAUUUGCUACAGAGGGCAGCAGAGGGGCGGACAUCGGUUGGGCAGCGAUGAGGUGGAAAGCACCUAUGUUCCUGAUCCAAGCUCCCCCUCCGUUGCAGGAAACCGUGAUUCGGCACCUCACAUUCUGGCAAGAUGGAUUCACUGUGGAAGACGGCGAUCUGAUGCGCUACGACGAUCCUGCCAACGAACAGAUCCUAAAGGACAUUAAUGAAGGACGCGCACCACCGUCUAUUCUAAACGUUCACCCGGGCCAGCCAGUUGAACUGCGCAUAACUAAACGAUCAAAUGAAAAUUAUGUUCCUCCCAAGCACGUCCGCACGUUCCAAGGAUCAGGACAUCGCUUAGGCGCUCCAGUACCCUCGGUUACUUCAGAAGCGUCGACGUCGAUGCCAGGGACGUUCCUUGAUCCUUCGGCGAGCGCAUCUUCAAGUGGCUCCGGUGAACGGCCAAAUUUAACGACCAAGUUCGAAGUAGACCAGUCACAGCCUACCACCAGCGUUCAAAUCAGGCUAGCGGAUGGGACUAGGAUGGUAUGCAGGAUGAACCUCACCCACACAAUCCAGGACAUUCGGAACUUCAUUAACGCCUCUCGGCCGGAAAACCUUACCCGACCGUACACGAUUGGGACCGCAUUCCCGAAUAGAACCCUCGAUGAGAGCUCCAUGACGAUCCAAACUGCUGGGCUGGCUAAUAGUGUUAUCGUUCAACGUUGGGCUUGA